AUGCAAAUGCUCCUGGAGAAAGGGGCCAGCAAGGACUGUCGCGAUGACUUUGGAAUUACCCCUCUGUUUGUGGCUGCUCAGUAUGGCCAGCUGGAGAGCCUGCGGCUGCUUCUGUCCCACGGUGCAGACGUCAACUGCCAGGCCAAGGACAGGGCCACUCCCCUGCUGAUUGCUGCACAGGAGGGACACCUGGAUUGUGUGAAGCUGCUGCUGACUGCAGGAGCAGACCCAAACCUCUACUGCAACGAGGAUAACUGGCAGUUACCCAUUCAUGCAGCAGCUGAAAUGGGCCACGCAAAGAUACUGGAGUUGCUGAUUCCAGUCACUGACCGGCUUUGUGACAAGGGUGAGGGCAAAGUGAGCCCCGUGUAUUCUGCGCUGUACGGCGGGGACAGGGAGUGCCUGGAAAUGCUGCUCAAACAGGGCUUCAGCCCAGAUGCUCAGGAGUGCCUGGACUUCGACUGCAGGUCGCCCAUGUGCAUGGUCUUCCAAAAGCAGUAUUAUCAGUUCAUUGAUGUUCUCCUGAAAUAUGGGAUCACCCUGCAUGGGAUUAACUUGGCACAUUGCCUGUGCCAUAAGAAGUUUGCUCUGUUCCGGCGCUUCCUGAGGCUGGGCUGCUCCCUGCCCUUGGAGGAGGAAUUAACUGACUUCAUCCACUACAGCAGCACAGUCCAGAAGGAAUACAAGGAAUGGCUGCCCUGCCUGCUCCUGGCUGGCUUCAACCCCGUGAAUUUCAUGUGCAGGUUCUGGAUUUUCUGCAUGAGUGAGGAUGUCCUUAAUUUCGUCCUGGAGUUCAUGAAUUGGAGCAGACUUCCUCCGGUUGUGGAGCAACACCUUUCCCAAUACAAGGAGAAGUUCACUUGGACUUCUAAGAGCCAUUUUGCCUUCCUUCCUUCCCUGUCCCAUCUGUGCCGCCUGGAGAUCCGGUCCCUGCUGGGGAGCGAGCGCCUGCGCUCGGAGCGCGUGAUCCGGGAAUUGCCGCUGCCAGCCUGCCUCCAGGACUACCUGCUCUACCUGGAUGUGCUUCGAGCCAACGCCAUCCCAGACCUGCAGGAUUCCCUGGAGCAGGGAGAGGAGGGAGCUCCUUCCAGUCACUCCAAGGCUGAGGAUAUGAAAGAGGGACACCAGUAA